AUGGGUAACGGUAAUAUUAGCCAAGGUUUAAUUCAUCUUAAUCAAACUAAAACAUGUUAUCUAACUGGUGAUACCAUAUCUGGAACUGUUAAUUUAAAUCUUAUACAAGCAAAACGACAAGUUGAGAAAAUCUAUAUCGAACUUAUAGGAGAAAUUGGUUAUACAGGAACAAAAUAUACAUGGGAAAGAGCAGCAUUACCUACAGCUACAACUGCGUAUCAUCAUCCAAAAUUUUACAAAGACACAAUUAUUUUAACAAUACUCAAUGUUGAACGAGAAAUAUCUUAUUGGCCAUUUCAGUUUCAAUUACCUGAUUAUCUUCCACCAACACUAAAUAAACUUCCAAAUUAUCCUCAUGUGAAAUAUUAUUUAAGAGUUCGUAUCUAUAGAAAAGGUUCGAUAGUCAUAAAUAAAGUUAUAAAAUACGUAACAAAAAUUUAUCCACGUGUUAAUUUAUUAAAAAAUCUUGAAUGGUUAAAACCAAUUCACAAUACAUAUAUUGAUAACAAUGUUAUAUUAUAUGUUACUUUAAACAAAUCGGGAUAUGUUCCUGGUGAAGUAAUUUACAUGACAUUACAAAUUGAAAAUCCACUUAAAGCUUUAAUUCAACGUAUUGAUUUUUCAAUAAUAAAAAAUCAUGUAAUUGGACGAUAUAUAUGUAAAGAUACAAUACUUCUGACUGAUGGAUGUAAAUGUAAAGAUACGAUAUUCAAAAUAACAUUACCCAAAAUUUUAAAUUUAAAGGACGAACAAAUACAAGAAGUAUUCGAUGUAAUAAUUCCAUCUUUAUUAUUACCUCCAUCAUAUGUAUCUCAUGAAGAAAUUCUAAAAAAUGUUUACAUUGAUAUUUCUUAUAAACUUGAACUUGCAAUUAAAAUUCAAGGUAUUUUUAAUGAUUUUUAUGUUGAUAUUCCAAUUACAUUGGGAACAGAGUCAAAUCCUAAUUUUAAUCAACAGCAAAUAUUUAAUCCAAUGGUGAUUCCUGAUUAUUCAAUGUUUAAUGAUGAUGAUCUGCCACCUGAGUAUGAUUCUACUGUACAAAAUUUAGAAAGAUUGAGCGUUCAAGAUUAA